ACUGGCAGUGAAUUAAACGGAUAGAUACAAAAUACGAAUCAAUUUAAACUUUUCAUAUUUCAUUUUUCAUAGAUAAAGUUGGUAACCCUGUCAAUGUAUGUUGCAUUUGUAUUCACCUGGCAGAACAACGAUAUAUUGUUAAAAUGAAGUGAUUCUUUCUUGAAUGUUUAUUUUUUAAUAGUUUUUCUCAUUGGGAUUAUAAAUUUUAUAUAAAUCAUGUCUGUUGUAAUUGAAACUACAAUAGGUGACAUUACAGUAGAUUUAUUCGCCGAUGAACGUCCACAAACAUGUCGAAAUUUUUUAAAAUUGUGCAAAAUCAAGUAUUACAAUUGGAAUUUAUUUCACUCGGUACAAAACAAUUUCAUAGCUCAAACUGGAGAUCCUACGGGUACAGGGAAAGGUGGAGAGAGUAUUUAUGGGAUAGUAUUGGGUGAAAAAGCACGAUAUUACGAGGCUGAACAAAUGCCAAAAAUAAAACAUACCAGAAGUGGUUUAUUAUCUAUGGUUAAUUGCGGAGACAAUAUGUUAGGAUCACAGUUUUUUAUCACUCUAGCUCCGGAUCUCUAUUCUCUAGAUGGAGAACACUGUGUGUUUGGUGAAAUAGUAGAAGGACUUGAAAUCAUUCUCAAAUUAAAUGAAACUAUUUGUGAUGGAGAUUACAGACCUUACCAAGACAUACGUAUAUCACAUACUGUUAUUUUAGAGGAUCCGUUUGAAGAUCCCAAAGGUUUAGUAAUACCAGAUAUGAGUCCGGAACCUACUAAAGAGGCAUUGAUGAGCGAUAGAAUUGGCGCAGAUGAACUCAUAGAUGACACAGCAGGAAUGUCUGUAGAAGAAGUUAUGGAAAUGCAAAGGGACAAAGAAGCAAAAGCACGAGCUACAAUUCUAGAAAUUGUUGGCGAUAUACCAGACGCCGACAUAGCACCACCGGAAAAUGUUCUAUUUGUUUGUAAAUUAAAUCCAGUCACUAACGAUGAUGAUCUUGAGAUUAUUUUUAGUCGUUUUGGCAAAAUUGUUGGAUGUGAAGUAAUAAGAGAUCGUCAAACAGGUGAUUCUUUGCAAUAUGCAUUUAUCGAAUUUGCUGAACGCAAGAGUUGUGAAGAAGCAUAUUUCAAGAUGGACAAUGUUUUAAUCGAUGAUAGAAGAAUACAUGUAGAUUUCUCACAAUCUGUAGCAAAAAUGAGAUGGAGAGGUAAAGGGAAAGGUAUUAAAUAUAACGAUAAAGAAGAAGAUGAAGAAGAAGAGAACGAGAAUAGAAGAGGAAAGGAUCGUUUUCAAGAUAGGAGCGAUCAUCGAAAUAACAAACGUUUUCAAGAAAAAGAGGAUAGAUUUAAGAAAAAAAUAAACAAUGAAGGAAGGCACAACGAAGAUUUAUUGGAACAUAGAAAACGUCAAUAUAGAGAAAAUGAAGACAGAAGUGAUCGAGAACGUUCUCGCAAUAAUAGAAAUUAUGUUUCAGAAAAGGAUAAAGAUAGAGAGAAUAGAAAAAGAGAGUACGAUUCGAAUGAUCAUAGAAGGCAUAAGGAUAAGGAUAAGAAAAAGAAAAAGGAUAAAAUUGAUAGUAACAGGAGUAGAGAUAAAAGUAGAGAAAGAAAUAGGGAUAGGAGUAGAGAGAGAAAGAGAGAAAGAAGUAAAGAGAGAAGUAAUAGAUAUGGUGAUAGAAGCAGAGAUAAAAAACGUUAGAUAAAAUUUAUAUAUGUUUAAGAAAUAAUUUAAUACAACAAAAAAUUGAAUUAAUAAAAAGAAAAAGAAAAAUGUAUAUAUAUAUACAAAACAAGUGACAUCUUUUGAGUUUUAUUUUCCAAUUACGUUAUCAUAGGAUAGACCAAUCAUAUCGUCUGCAUUACGAUGACUUAC